AUGUGGAGAGUGCAGGAAGCGUUCAAAGGUGGUGGCCAUGCAGCUCGCGCCUUUGCAGGAACCGGCGGCUUGGUGCCAAGCUCCCCAGCUGACAAGCAGAUCGCGCGCCGCGUCUUUGAGCCCUUCGUUGCGACAUCGCCACCAGCACCAGUGGCUCGAACGACGGAUGCGGCAGCGCAGACGAAGAAAUCCUUCUGGCACCUCAUGGGACGAGCAGAGGCACGGCAGACCUAUCAGCCGGACGGGCCUGAAGGAGGUGAGAAGGACAUCUUUGGUCCGAAGCAGCUCACAAAGGCGUGGAGCCUCGCGGCCACCCUGGGCCCAUCGCUCACCACGGAGGCAUGGGCGAAGCUGCUUGAAGAGACCUUCCGCUUGAUCCACGAAGAACGGCUGGAUGACGUUUCCUUGGCUGUGGCCGCUCACAGCCUCUACCGGCUCCGGGACACGCCUUUCGCCCCGGGCCGGCACGGUGGCGCUACGAACUGCGUAGCGGUACUCGCUGCGAUAUCAAGUCGGAGGUUACCGACAAUGGAGCUUCGACUCGUGGCUGACACAACAGCCUGGCUAGCACGACUUGCAGAUGCGCUCCAUGGUCACCCGUCCUUAUUGCGUGGCAUCGAGGCUUUGGCCAUCGCUGCGGCCGAGGAGCUGCCAGUUCGGAAGGCGGCGGGGUCCAUGGUCUCUGGCCGUGAUGUGGGCACCUUGUGCGGCGUGACGGUCUCUCUGUCCCUGCGAUCGGAGUCCUUUCUCACCUACGUGCGGUACCUGAUUCGAAAAGACUGGGACAUGGUUUGGACGCCGAAGGCCCUCGUCGACGCGGCCAAGUGCAUGGCCCACUUCCAGCAGGACGACCGGCGCGCCUGGCGAGCGCUCGCGUACCGCAUGGAGAGGGAACUGCCGGUCAUGCUCCCGGGGGCCUUGACCGAAAUCGCCGAAACCUUCGCAGCGGCCUCCGUGACGAAUGAGGCUCUGGAAAGCGGUGUGGGAGCUCGACUAGCCGACAACGCCGGCGUUUUGAAUGCAGGAGAGGUCGCUCGCCUUUGCCUGGCCCUGGCCAAGCGACCACCAGCUGUGGCUUUCGGCGACAAGGAAGCCGAGAGGUGUUUGGCUGAGGCCAUCACGCCUGCAGUUGGAAGGCGUGCCGGGGAGCUUCCGGCACGGUCGCUUCCGGCUGCUUUGGCGACGCUGGGCCGCUGGGCCUCAGCGGGCCAGGUUUCUGCCACAGCUCUGCAGGCGGCUGUUCAGCCACUGCUCUCCGCUUUGGCUCCCCGCCUGGCGGCCGAGCCUGCCGCUGCAGCCGCAGCGCUCCGGGCGCUGCGACAGGCGCUGGGGGGCAAGGCACUGGCGGCGUCGCCGGUGCUACUCCACAGUGUUGCUGCUUGCUGUCGGGAGCGGUUGUUGAGUCACGCCGCCGAGAUUGAGGUGGCAGCUGUUGUGGCGGUCCUUGAGCAAGUGGCCGUCGCAAGGUACCAAGAGCCCGGGCUCUUCGAACUGGCAGCGCGCCAGGCCAUGCACAGUCUGAAUCCAUGCGGGUCUGCCGCCUUUGCAGCGUCCGUGCGGCUUCUUGGCCUAUGCGGCCGCGGAGGGCUGCAGGAGGAUGGCGAGGUUAUGGAGCAGCUGGCAUCUCUGCUGAGUUCGGCUCGCUUGCCGCACCCUAUUGAGGCCCUGGAGUCCUUGGCCGUGGGCCUACCAGGGAUGGCCCUCUCCAGAUUUCGUCCCCCGAGAAGGGUGCUAGACCUGGCAGCGACCUCAUUGCUUCACCUGCAGAUCGAGGAUAGCUCUGUGGCGCUAGCCCUCUUCACUUCGCUGGUGUCCUUCGACGUGCUGCCGAGCCCAUCCUUGAUUGCCGCCACCGCACGGCGCUUCGAGGAGCCUUCCGGUAUCUCCCCAGAAGCUCUUUUGGCUUUCUGGCUCGGUGCUUUAGCCAAAGCGCCGCUUCCGAGGCUGCUUGCGGACGCCGAGAUCCAUGCAUGCUGGACGAGCUGGAGCUCGGAGUUGAGCCAGAUCACCUCUGGGGACCUGGCAUCUGAGCCUUUCAGCGAAGAGGCAGCUCCUUUCCUUCCUCUUCCACGAGAGGUCUGGCCAAGGAUCUUAGCAAUGCUGCUCGCUGCGCAUGGCCCCGACUCACGGGAUUGGCCUGCGGUGUUUCGUUUGCUGCGCCUUGGCACCCGCGCAGAGUCCAGUCCACCGACUGCGCCGGUCCAUCGUCUCCAUGGAGACGUCUUCCAAUCUCUGCUGGAGGUCCUCAAAGGCUCGUGGAGAAAGUCGCGGCCUCUGUCUUGGGAGGACGUGGCUGAGGAGAGCAGCGUGGUUGUGGCUCAGAAGGUUCAGAUUGACAUGUUUGCUACCGACAUCCUCAUGCUGCGUCCGGAUCGUCAUCCGCGCCAUCCGACAACCAUCUUGCCGAUACAGAGCCGCGAUGCACAUUCACCCAGUGGGACACCCAAAUUCCACGUGCCAGCCUGGAGGCUCUCCGUGAAACGCCAUCGCCCUGCUGCCCGCAAAGCAAGCUUGGGAUAUGCAGGUCGAGAAAAUGUGCAGCAGUGGACGAGCCAAGACUUGUGA